UGUUGGGUGCGUUGCGAAAAUGAACGAUGCGGGACGCAGCUCUCUCCUGGAACCGAACGCAGUGGAUAAACUGAUUGUGCAAGAGAGAAGGAAGAACGAAGCUUUUUCUUGUGACACCUGGAUCUUAACACAAAUGUGUAUAUGUGCACACAGGGAGCAUUGGAAAAUGAAAUAAACCAGUGUCAGACCCGCGGGGGUUGGUGUGUUCUGACAAAUAAAUAAUCAUAAAACAGCUGCCCUCCCCCUCCCCAAAAGGAUGAUUGGAAAUGGAGAAACGAGGAUCCUCAAAGGAAAAGUAUGUUCAUUUUUUUCUGUAAAGGAGAAAGUAAGCCAAGGAGAUAUUUUUGGAAUGAAAAGUUUGGGGCUUUUUUUAGGAAAGUAAAGACUUGAUAUGGUGGUGUUUUCUUUUCUUUUUGAAUUUCCCACAAGAGGAGAGGGAAUUAAUAAUACAUCUGCAAAGAAAUUUCGGAGAAGAAAAGUUGACCGCGGCAGAAUGAGGCAUUGAUUGGGGAAGAGAAGCCAGCAGAGCACAGUUGGAUUUGUGCCUAUGUUGAGUAAAAUUGAUGGAUAAUUGCAGUUGGAUUUUUCUUCAUCAACCUCCUCCCCCCCCCCUUUUUUUUUCUUUCUGGGGUCAAGAUCAUGCAUUUUUCCGCUUGUUCUUAACCACCUGGAUUUCCAUCUGGAUGUUGCUGUGAUCAGUCUGAAAUACAAUCACCAAACUGAGGCUGAGAGAGAGGGGACUUACCCAGAGUUACUCAGCUAGUCAGUGGCAGACAACAGUGGAACUUGCGAUUAUUUGAACUCCAGAAGGACCAACACCAGAUAAAUUAUGAAUGUUGAACAAGAUGACCUUACAUCCACAGCAGAUAAUGAUAGGUCCUAGGUUGAACAGGGCCUUAUUUGACCCCCUGCUUGUGGUGCUGCUGGCUCUUCAGCUUCUUGUGGUGGCUGGUCUGGUGCGGGCUCAAACCUGCCCUUCCGUCUGCUCCUGCAGCAACCAGUUCAGCAAGGUGAUUUGCGUGCGGAAAAACCUACGUGAGGUUCCAGAUGGCAUCUCCACCAACACCCGGCUGCUGAACCUCCAUGAGAACCAAAUCCAGAUCAUCAAAGUGAACAGCUUCAAGCACUUGAGGCACCUGGAAAUCCUACAGUUGAGUAGGAAUCAUAUCAGAACAAUUGAAAUUGGGGCCUUCAAUGGUCUGGCAAACCUCAACACCCUGGAACUCUUUGACAAUCGUCUUACGACCAUCCCAAAUGGAGCUUUUGUAUAUUUGUCUAAACUGAAGGAGCUCUGGUUGCGAAACAACCCCAUUGAAAGCAUCCCUUCUUAUGCUUUUAACAGAAUCCCUUCUUUGCGCCGGCUAGACUUAGGGGAAUUAAAAAGGCUUUCGUAUAUCUCAGAAGGUGCCUUUGAAGGUCUGUCCAACUUGAGGUAUUUGAACCUUGCCAUGUGCAACCUCCGAGAAAUCCCUAACCUCACGCCGCUCAUAAAACUAGAUGAGCUGGAUCUUUCUGGGAAUCAUCUGUCUGCCAUCAGGCCUGGCUCUUUCCAGGGGUUGAUGCACCUUCAAAAACUGUGGAUGAUACAGUCCCAGAUUCAAGUGAUUGAACGGAAUGCCUUUGAUAACCUUCAGUCACUGGUGGAGAUCAACCUGGCACACAACAAUCUAACAUUACUGCCUCAUGACCUCUUCACACCCUUGCAUCAUCUAGAACGGAUACACUUACAUCACAACCCCUGGAACUGUAACUGUGACAUACUGUGGCUCAGCUGGUGGAUAAAAGACAUGGCCCCCUCCAACACAGCUUGCUGUGCCCGGUGUAACACCCCUCCCAAUCUGAAAGGGAGGUACAUUGGGGAGCUUGACCAGAAUUAUUUCACAUGCUAUGCUCCUGUCAUUGUGGAGCCCCCAGCAGACCUCAAUGUCACUGAAGGCAUGGCAGCUGAGCUGAAAUGUCGGGCCUCCACGUCCCUGACUUCUGUAUCUUGGAUUACUCCAAACGGAACAGUCAUGACACAUGGGGCGUACAAAGUGCGGAUAGCCGUGCUCAGCGAUGGCACGUUAAACUUCACGAAUGUAACCGUGCAAGAUACAGGCAUGUACACGUGUAUGGUGAGUAAUUCUGUCGGAAAUACCACUGCUUCGGCCACCCUGAAUGUUACUGCAGCAAACACUACUCCCUUCUCGUACUUUUCAACCGUCACAGUAGAGACUAUGGAACCUUCUCAGGAUGAGGCAAGGACCACAGAUAACAAUGUGGGUCCCACUCCGGUGAUCGACUGGGAGACCACCAACGUGACCACCUCUCUCACGCCACAGAGCACAAGGUCAACAGAAAAAACAUUCACCAUCCCCGUGACUGAUAUAAACAGUGGGAUCCCAGGAAUCGAUGAAGUCAUGAAGACUACCAAAAUCAUCAUUGGCUGUUUUGUGGCCAUCACGCUCAUGGCUGCAGUGAUGCUGGUCAUUUUCUACAAGAUGAGGAAGCAGCACCAUCGGCAAAACCAUCAUGCCCCAACGAGGACUGUUGAAAUCAUUAAUGUGGAUGAUGAGAUUACAGGAGACACACCCAUGGAAAGCCACCUGCCCAUGCCUGCUAUUGAGCAUGAGCACCUAAACCACUACAACUCCUACAAAUCUCCCUUCAACCACACAACAACAGUUAACACAAUAAAUUCAAUACACAGUUCAGUGCAUGAACCGUUAUUGAUCCGAAUGAACUCUAAAGACAAUGUCCAAGAGACUCAAAUCUAAAACAUUUACAGUUAUGAAAAACA